GAGCGCAAGGGAGAGACAGGGAGACAACACUAACAGGGUAGCUAUGGAGAUAGUAGGUUUUCCUGGUAGCUUUCUUUGACAGGUGUCGAGUGGGAUAAAACAAAGUAUCAGAACAGCUUCCAAGAUGUAUGGCAAAGGAAAAGGAGCUGUUGUCCCCUCCGAUAGCCAAGCGAGAGAAAAGUUAGCGUUAUAUGUGUACGAGUACCUUCUACAUGUGGGAGCACAGAAGUCAGCACAGACCUUCCUGUCCGAGAUUCGAUGGGAGAAGAAUAUCACAUUAGGGGAGCCUCCUGGAUUCCUUCAUUCAUGGUGGUGUGUAUUCUGGGAUUUGUACUGUGCAGCUCCAGACCGGAGGGAGACAUGUGAACACUCCAGUGAGGCAAAGGCCUUCCAUGACUAUAGUGCGGCGGCAGCUCCCAGCCCGGUGAUGGGCAACAUGCCGCCCAACGAUGCCAUGCCAGGUGGUCCCAUGCCCCCAGGCUUCUUCCAGGGACCACCCGGCUCUCAGCAGUCCCCCCACGCACAGCCCCCCUCACACAACCCCAGCAACCCCAUGAUGGGACCCCAUGGCCAGCCUUUCAUGUCACCACGGUAUCCAGGCGGCCCUCGCCCCUCACUCCGAAUGCCAAAUCAACCUCCUGGGGGAAUCCCAGGCUCUCAGCCUCUCCUGCCAAACAGUUUGGACCCAACAAGACCGCCAGCUCACCCCAACAUGGCUGGACCAAUGAGAAUGAACCCGCCCAGAGGGAUGACCAUGGGCCCACAGAAUUAUGGAGGCAUGAGGCCUCCUCCUAAUUCCAUGGGUGGUCCCAUGCCAGGAAUGAACAUGGGUCCUGGAGGAAGGGGGCCUUGGCCGGGGCCUAAUGCUAACUCUAUAGCUUACUCUUCCUCGUCUCCAGGAAACUAUGUGGGUCCCCCUGGUGGAGGAGGUCCCCCUGGAACUCCCAUCAUGCCCAGCCCAGGUGACUCGACUAACUCCAGUGAAAACAUCUACACUAUGAUGAAUCCAAUCGGACCUGGAGGCAACAGACCCAACUUCCCAAUGGGACCAGGGCCUGACGGGCCGAUGGGGGCCAUGGGAGCCAUGGAACCACAUCACAUGAACGGAUCACUCGGGUCUGGAGACAUGGAUGGGUUGCCAAAGAAUUCUCCUAACAACAUGGGGGGGAUGAACAACCCCCCCGGAACGCCGCGAGAUGACGGCGAAAUGGGCGGAAAUUUCUUGAACCCAUUCCAAAGUGAAAGUUAUUCACCCAACAUGACGAUGAGUGUGUGAUUUUAUUUUUUCUUCCUCCUUUUGUUUUGGUAUUUUUUUCCCUCCUUCUUAAUUUUUUUUUUUUUUUGGUGACCCCGCUCCUGAUUUUUUUUUUUUUUUCAAUCCUUUCUUCACCUCGGAUUGGACACUCCCCCUCCUCCACCUCCCCCUUUUCUCACACAAACACACACAAAAUCCUCCGCCGCUCACCACCCCGACGGGAUCCACCCGCUCCCCUCCUCGUUUCGGGGAAACCGCGCAGCCUUCCGGGACGGCCCUGGAGCAUUCUGGGACUCUGAUGAAAACGGGCCCCCCCGGGGCGUGCAAAGUGGCCAGCGGCGUGAGCAGGAAGCAGUCGCAGAGCAACAGGAAGAGCAUCCUCUCUGAAUCCGGCCCCAGCCUCCCCGGCUUCCUGUCCAGACAGUGAGCGAGGAAGAGGAGGCUUUUUUUUGCAGAGAGUCGUGACGAGGGAGGCUGGACAGUGCAAGCCCCUCCCUCAAAGACUACCUGGAAGCUUCUCAGCCACAGCUCUGGAUUUUUUUUUUUUAACUCAAUGGAUUCAGUGGAGGGUUGGAAGAAGCGGCCCCUUUUCCCCCCUCCUGCAUCGUUUUUCCGUGUGUGUACAUUUGUAACAGAGGUGAUGUGUUGAUCAGUGAACAUGUUUUUCCACAUUUUUUUGUGUAUGUAAUGUAUCAUUGUUAUUUUUAUUAUUGUAUUAUUGUUAUUAAUGAUAUUGGUAUGAUCAUUUAAAGCUUAGGUUCUAGUUUCUGUUAUUUUUACAGGCACAUUGUUAUGAAGACACACAGUCGGAAAUCCAUUUUUUUGUGUUAGAACACUGCCCCCUGCAGGUGAGAUUUUCCCAACACGGUACUGAUCGUUAGCAUUUUUUUUAAAACUAUUUUUCCCGCUCACCAGCAAAGAGUGUCUCCUGCUUUAGUAGCUUCCAUGCAGUCAUAUGCACAGCUCUAUUUAUUUAUGUAAUUUUAUUUUUGAAUCAUUUUUGAAAGUGUUAUGUUUUUUUUUAACUGCAGAACUGGUAGCAACGGUGUAAAUAUGCAGACCCACCCGGCAGCCACUCAUCUGACAUUAUCAGAGCUUCUCUGCUUCAGGCGCUGAAGUCUCUGCCAUUUUUUUUUUUUUUUUAAGCCACUCCUGCUGCUACCACUGACGCUCCAUGCUGGGGUCCCUCGACCCCUUCAGACGUGUACAUAGGGUUUUUCUUUUUUUUUUUUGUUUUUUUUGUUUCAACACACUGUGAUGUUUGUGCUUCGUGGGAGUUUGCUUUCACACACCUGUCCGUUUUAGUCUGCGGAUUUAUUUCUGAUUCCGCCCCCCCCUCGCCCUUCCUUUACAGUCGCUGGUGGUGAAGAGACUUCUAACUGCUGAUUGGAUCUUUUGUUUUUGUGUCCGAGACCAGCGAGGCGUUGCUCUGUUGACCGGAUCGAGUGGCUUCCGUCCUCCUUCCCCCUCCAUCCAGCCACACAUGACUCUUCCCUUCCACUCGUUUUAAUGCUAAUCUCCAUGUUUUUUUCUUUGUUUUUUGUAAAUAAUGUAAAAUGCAUUUUGAUAUCAUUGACAUGUUUUGAUAAUUCAGAUCAUAAAUUAGGGUGCAUUUCCUCUCAAAACAAUAAGAACAAUGGGAAACUGGAGCUGCUACAGAUGCUUUUUCACCCCCAGCACAGACAGACGUAGGGCUAGCCGCUCCACCACAGCUGCUGUGUUAAGGGAAGACGUAGUUUGUUGUUUCAGAUUGGACACGUUUCUCUUAAAAAAAAAUAAAAA